AGUGUUUAUUGAAAUAUGGAAUCACCUGUUGUUGUGGAUAAGCCGCCGGAGUAUUACGGGAACGCUACGAAUGAGCGCGGUUUCCCAUUUGAUGAGGAGGAGGGUUCAGGCGCGUGGAGCGAACUCGCGGCGCGCCACCCGGACAUAGCGGCGCGAUUGCGACAGCGGCCCGCUACCUGGGCCAGGAAGCGACGUCCGUCCAGCCAGGACGGAAUUGACGAUUCCACAGAUAGUUUCGGAGGUUUCGACAGAUUUCCUUUCGACGAUAUUCCGCCAGAAUUUAGGGAACACUUUCCUUCACAUUGGAACCGACGGUUCGGUUCUAGAGAGGAACCGUUUCAGCAGCCAUCAUCGCCACAGCCACAUUCGCCUCAGCAACAGACUGCAGCGACACAGACUGAACAGGACACGGAACAUUCACACGUCGACCCGACUCCACUACCACAAUACGGUUUGAGGAACACUGUCGAUUUAGGACAGAAGAGCCCAGCCGAUCCCAGUGUGGUUGAUGCAGACGAUAGGGCACACAGGUCUAUGUCCGCGCCCCCUGAUCAUCGUUCAGUAAAUCAAAAUAGCAACAAAAUGAGUGGACAGAACCACCAGGAACACCAGCAGCCACAACAUCAGCCCGAGCAAUCCUCCAACGUCAGGCACAUACCGAUCUUCGUGGAAGGUAGAGACGAACCAGUAAUUAAUAAGUCUGUCGACCAUGGAACUCAUUUCGCGGACCCGAAGCCCACCUAUGUACCACCACCGCAGCCACAUAUCGAUAGGGAACAGUACUUCGCCGACGAUGGCCCAGUAGGUUUUCCUUUCGCCAAGAGUUUUGACAGACCUUUCUUCAAACAAGGACCUCAGCCGUUCACAAAACAGAAGAUGUACCCACAAGCUUUUGCGAGGGGUGCAUCUCCGCAGCGAUCUCAAUCACCUAAGCCUCAAACCUAUCAAGAACCGCCGAGAGCGGAAACUCCGUCCAAACCGCAGCAGAAGCAGCCUCCACAACAGAAGCAGCCGUCCCCGCAGCAGAAGCAGCCCCCGCAGACCGCGGCUCCGCAGCACCCGUCGCAGAGCCAGGCGCCACCCCAAGCGCCGCAGCCUCCCCCGCAACCGGCACCGUCAGCUAACGAUCCUAUAACCCAAAUCCUUAGUAUUCAGACCGACGUCCUCAAUCUUAUGACGGAUGUCGAAAACUUCAAAGGUACAAAAAAAGACAAAAAAUACUUAUAUCUAGACGAGAUGUUGACUAGAAAUCUGAUUAAAUUAGAUAAUAUCGAAACAGAUGGAAAAGAAAAUAUAAGGCUGGCGAGGAAAGAAGCUAUAAAGUGUAUUCAGAAGUGUAUAGCCGUUUUGGAGGCCAAAGCUGAUAAAGGUGUUACUUCACUGCAACCUCAAGAUAUAGAGAUGCAAAAUCCGGAUAGUGAAAAAGCAGAAUCUACACAAGAAAGUGUACAAAAUGGUGAUGUAGAAAUGAAUGAAGCAACCAAAGAAGAAGAAAAAGUGGAGUCACAUACAGAACAAGACCAACAAACUACGACACCAGUAUCCGUACAAAAAACUGAGGAAAACAUUAAAGAGCAAAAUUCUGAAGAUAUUAAGAAAGAAGAUGUACAGGCAUGUGAAGAAGUAAAUAAAGACUCGGCACAGCCAAUUAUAGCUGAUACGCGACCCGAGGAGACCAAAGCUUCAGACGUAACUAUAGAACCACCUCUUGAAUCACAAAAAGUACCAGAAAGUAACGAAAAGAAAAGUCCCAAAAAAACUGUAAAAAAGCGAGACAAAAGCAAAGAUAAGAAAGAUGCCUCUAAGGACAACAAAAAAGAAGGUGUAAAUAAGAACGAAGAAUCUAAAGAUAAUAAAACGGAAGACAAAAAAGAAGUUGCAGAUAAAAAUGAAGUAACUGAAAAAAAAGAUAAUUUAAAUACUGAGACAAUAGUUGAUAAGAGUGUAGAUAAUAAAGAUGAAAAGGCAGAUGUGAUGCAGGUUGAUACUAAUGCUAAGGGUGAUGCAAAUAAAACAGAUUCGCAGGCGAUGGACGUAGACGGUGCUGCUAGUCAAUAAAUAUAGUUUGAAAUAGUAAAUUGCUUAGAAUCACGGUUAGAUACCGCCGCACGCGGCCUACGACUUGCCUUUCCUUCUUCAUGUUAUUUGUUUGUGCCUUUGUGCUAUCUAACACUGGUGUUGCCACAUAUUAUUGUUUACGUUUGUACAUUUUAUGUUUUUAAUUUUGCAACAAUGAAUUAGACACGAUGUAUGUAAUCUAGGAUUUGAAACGGUCCUCUAAUUUAAAAUCCUAAUAUUUAAAUUAAUUUAUUGUUUAUCAUUACUUGAUAACACAAUUUUCUCAAUAAAUGUAUGAAUCCAUA